ACUAGAAAGUGAGGUUGAAUGUAGGCUACACAUUUGGAGUGAUUAUAAAUGGCAUAAACAAGAUACAAUAAAUAGUGAACAGAAAUAUCACAUUCUGAAUUCCCAUUGAAUUGAUUUACUAGACGUAGAUUUUUCUCCAGCGUAUACAUAUUCUAUAUUAAUAUUCCAUUUCAAAUCAUGUAUUUUGACUGUCUUCUGGUGGUAUUAAUAUACAAGUUAUUGGAGCAGUAUCCGUGUCGAGCAAGAACACAUUUCACAGGCACACGUUUCUUUAUAUCUUUCACACCUCCGAAAUCUGAGAAUAUAUAUUAUCGGGAUCUUUGAUUUUAUUUAAAAAAAUAAGAGUUUGAUGGAGGAUAUGAAUUUGUUUUGUUAAAACUAUUGUGGACACAUAAUCAAAUAAUUCACACACAUUCAUUCACCUCCAUACACACUCAAGCCAUUUAAGGACUAAGAAUUGCUGCAUUGACCAGCGAAAGCAAAUCAACAAACGCUAUGGAGAACUCAACCCAAGUCAAGUUAAUUAAUAUAUUUGGUUUACAAGAGACAUUUAACAAUAAAUCAGUCUAUUUUACCUUGUCUCUUAUCACAUACCUUCUCAUCAUCACUGUGAAUCUGACUCUGAUCAAAGCAAUCAUUUAGGAGAAAGGUCUCCAUGAGCCCAUGUAUAUCUUUCUGUGUAGUCUGUGUGUCAAUGGAUUGUAUGGAACUGCUGGUUUCUACCCCAAGUUGUUACUGGACCUUCAGUCAGAUGUUCCGGUGAUAUCUUAUGGUGGAUGUUUGACUCAAGCCUAUGUAAUAUACACAUCUGUCAUGUGUGAAAUGUCUACUCUAACAGUGAUGUCUUACGACAGGUAUGUGGCAAUAUGCAGACCACUACUAUAUCAUACCAUUGUGACAUCUUUAACUGUUAGAAAGUUACUCUUAUUGUCUUGGUGUUAUCCUUUAUUUAUAGGACUCAUAGUAGUUAGUUUAACUGUCAGACUUCCUUUGUGUGGAUCUCGCAUUGAUAAGAUAUUCUGUGACAUUCCAUCGAUACUGAAACAUGCAUGUUUACCCAUAACCAUCAAUCAGAAUUUGAGCUUUUUAAUAAGUCAUCUCAAUAAGCGUAGUGUAAUGGCUGUACAAUUCUUUGUUAUACCACCUGUCUUUAACCCUGUCACAUACGGACUUAAUCAGAUUCGAGUGGGCAGUUUUUAGAAAGUGAA